CCGAAAUUUAACCAAAAUCAUCGGUCGGAGCUCCAAUAAUCAUGAUUUUCAGAGCCUUGAUACUUGAGUUUAUGCCCAAUGGGAGCCUUGAUAAAUGGUUGUAUUCCAGCAAUCAUUUUCUGGAUAUCCAACAAAAGUUGAACAUACUGAUAGAUGUUGCAUCUGCUCUCGAGUAUCUCCAUCAUGGUCGUACAACACCUGUGGUUCAUUGCGAUUUAAAGCCCAGCAAUGUUCUAUUAGAUGAAGAUAUGGUUGCGCAUUUAAGCGAUUUCGGAAUCGCAAAACUCUUAUGCGAAGAGGAUUCAAUGAUCCAAACCAUGACCCUUGCAACCUUUGGAUAUAUGGCACCAGAGUAUGGAUCAGAAGGAAUUGUUUCGAUAAAAGGUGAUGUUUAUAGUUUCGGUAUUCUUAUGAUGGAAACUAUCAUGAGAAAGAAGCCUACAGAUGAAAUGUUUUCCAAACAAAUGAGCUUGAGGAGAUUGGUGAAAGAGACGUUAACAUCUAUGGUAAACCAAGUUGGAGACACCAAUUAUGUAAGCACUGCUGGGAGGAAACAUGUAGCAGCCAACAUUUGUGCAUUAUCAGUUCUGCAAGUUGCCUUGGAGUGUUCUGUGGAGAUACCAGGUGAAAGGCUUGACAUGAAACAAGUUAUUACAAAGUUAGAAAAGAUCAAACUCAACUUCUUGAAAGAUAUUUAAUGAGUCUG